AUGUACAUCUCUGCCCUCCUCCUCUCCCUCCGCGCCAUGCUCCAAAUGGACCUCCCCCACAUCAACGUCCUCACAAAAAUAGACAACCUCUCCAACUACCCACCCUUACCCUUCAAUUUAGACUUCUACACAGAAGUCCAAGACCUAUCCUAUCUCCUCCCACACUUAAAGGAGGAAUCUCCCCGAUUAAUGAACUCGAAAUUUGACGCGUUGAACCAAGCCAUUGUCGAGCUUGUGCAAGAUUUCGGGCUAGUAGGUUUUGAGACACUAGCUGUAGAGGAUAAGAAGAGUAUGAUGAAUUUGUUACAUGUUAUUGAUCGGGCGGGUGGCUAUGCCUUUGGUUCGGCGGAAGGGGCAAAUGAUACGGUCUGGCAGGUGGCGGUUAGAGAGGGGUUGGGUGUGAUGGAUAUAAGAGAUGUGCAGGAGAGAUGGCUUGAUAGGAAGGAUGAAUGGGAUGAGAAGGAGAGGAAGGAGUGGGAGGAAGCGAAGGUGCGGGAAGAAGCAGGGAAGAAUGCGCCUGGUGCUCCUGGUGGUGGUGGUGGAGGAGGUGGGGAUGACAUCGAUAUGGAUGAUUUCUAUAUAUAUGACUGUUCCGCCAAAUAG